CAUGGCGGAUGGCCCCAGGUGUAAGCGCAGGAAACAGGCCAACCCGAAGAGGAGCAGCGUGACAGACUUCAACAAUGGCUUGGAGGCCAGUUCGGACUCGGACGACGAGGACAAGCUACACAUUGUGGAGGAGGAGAGUCUGCAGGAGCCGGAGGCCGCUGCCGCUGCCGCUGCUGCCGCUGCCGCUGCCGCUGCCACCACCGAGGUGACCACGCCACAGGACAGCCAAGACGCCACCGCAACAGUAUUACCCCCCAACGGCUCCUGGAAUGGAGUGAAGGAGGAGUAUGUGUCCGAGGAGGAGGAAGAGGAGUCAGCGAAGGACGCACUAGUGGAGGAGAUCCUCCAGCAGGGAGACACAGCCGUCAUCUAUCCUGAAGCGCCUGACGACGAGCAGAGUCCGGUGGAGACCGGAGGCGCCGAUGAAAACGGCACCCCCGACUCCUUCUCGGCGUUGCACACUUGCCCGUACUGCUCCCGGGGCUACAAGCGCAACGCCUCUCUGAAGGAGCACAUCAAGUAUCGCCACGAGACCAGCGAGGACAACUACAGCUGCUCCCACUGCAGCUACACCUUCACCUACCGCUCGCAGCUGGAGAGGCACAUGAGCCACCACCGAGGCACCAGGGAGCAUCGUCAGGUUUCCCAGUCGACAGGAGGAACAGGUGGUCCUCGCAAGUUCAAGUGCACUGAAUGUAACAAGGCCUUCAAAUACAAGCACCACCUGAAGGAGCAUCUGCGCAUUCACAGCGGUGAGAAACCCUACGAAUGCUCAAACUGCAAGAAGCGCUUCUCCCACUCCGGCUCCUACAGCUCCCACAUCAGCAGUAAGAAGUGUGUAGGCUCCGCCCUCGGGUUCCCCAAUGGCGCCACCCGGACGUUGAUCAAACCCGCCCCCCCCACCGCCCAGACCACACCUGUCGUGAUCGCCCCGGCCCGCAUCAUCCUGAAGGAGAAGACUGAGAGUAAGCCGCUCCAGGAGCAGCUCCCCAUCACUCAGAUCAAGUCCGAACCGGUGGAGUACUCGUGUAAGCCCGUGAUGGCGGCGCCGGCGACCUCGGCGGGUACCAACGGCGUGGUGAACGGAGGGAUCUCUGCUCCAGCUACGACCGUUCCUCAGGGCGUGGCUAUGGUGGUGCCGACCGUGGGCCUGAUGUCGCCCAUCAGCAUCAACCUGAGCGAGUUGCAGAACGUCCUCAAGGUGGCGCUGGACGGGAACGUGCUGCGCCAGGUGCUGGGCACGGCCAACGGCGUGGUGACGCAGGGGAAGCACGGCAUCGUGCUGCAGCAGUCGCAGCAGCAGAUCAUCAGCCUGCCGGCGUUUGUGGAUCACGACGGCAACACGAAGAUCAUCAUCAACUACAGCAUCACGCCGGCCGCCGGCACCACCGCCACCACCCAACCGUUUAUAAUCAAGAACAAUCCCCCUGUCACUGUGACGAGCACCGCUGCGGCCCCCUCCCCCUCCAUCACCGGGAAGACCUCCACCCCCGAGGCGGCGGAUCUCUCACUCGUCAAGGCGGAGCCGGAGGACUCGGUGCCCGUCUCGGAGGAGGCGGCCUCACGGACGGAAACGGCCGAUUUUGAAACUUCAGACUUUGCUCAGUUGCCAAAAGCCAACAGCACCAGUACGUGUUUACUCUGUGAGGAGUGUCCCGACAACCUGGAGGCGCUGCACCUCCUCCAGCACCGCAAGGCCGCCAACGGGGAGGCGGUGGACUCGGCCGCCCUGGACCCCUCGUUCGCCGCUCUGCUGAACGAGGCGGGGGUGACGCUGGAGGAGCCGCCCGUGGAAGACAUCGUCUCGCUCCUCAAGACCCACUUCGCCUCAAACGCCAACCCCAGAGACCGGGAGCUGACCAAGAUCUCAGAGGACGUGGAUAUUCCCCUGGACGUGGUCAGGAAGUGGUUUGCCAAAAUGAAAAAACUGGACACAAGCUGCAGUAACACUAAAGCAGUGGUUUCCAGAAGGACUCGGCCCAGAAGCUCCCUCUCAGCAGACACUAUGAAGCAGAACGGAGAGGGAGAGGACGAGGCCCGGACACGUUCUAGAAGCACUUCUCCUUCAGACUCCACCUCACAGAGCCUCAGCAGCGGCGGCCUGGUCAUCGUUAAGAGCGAACCAGAAGACCCGGACUACCCGGACUCUCAGGCGCAGCCCCUGGAUCUGUCGCUGCCCAAACAUCUCGCCGAAGCAGCCGGGAAAAAAAUCACAAUCGUCAAGCCUCUGACGAAGCAGCAGGAGCAGCCGCUGAACCUGACCUGCCUGAGGAAGGAGCAGCUCGCCGGCCGGACCAUCUACGUCACCACGGCCCAGAGCGGGAACCCGGUGAACAUCGUGUCCGCCGCCCAGCUGCCCACGCUGGUGGCCAUCGCCGGGCAGAGCACGGUGCGUUGUAUCAGUGCCAUCAACACGACCACCAAGAGAACCAUCCUCAUCCCGCAGCUCACCUACACCUACGCCACCACGCCCGGCAGCGCCUCCGGGGCCAAGACCGUCGUACUCAAUGGACACAAGGAGGAGAAGCGUUUGGACAGCAGCUCCGACGGCUUGUCCGCGGUGGAGGAGUCCAACGACCUGGAGUCCCCGGGGAAGAAGCGGCGUCUGGACCGGCUGGAGAACGGCGUGUACCCGUGUGACCUCUGCUCCAAGGUCUUCCAGAAGGGAAGCUCCCUGCUCAGGCACAAAUACGAACACACAGGAAAGCGGCCUCACGAGUGCACCAUCUGCCAGAAGGCCUUCAAACACAAGCACCACCUGAUCGAGCACACGCGGCUGCACUCGGGCGAGAAACCCUACGAGUGCGACAAGUGCGGCAAGCGCUUCUCCCACUCGGGCUCCUACUCCCAGCACAUGAACCACCGCUACUCCUACUGCAAGAAGGACGGCUCGCCGCCCGGCCCCCACUCGCCGCUGAGCAAGGGCCGCCUGGAGCUGGGCAGCCCCGGCACCGGGCCGCAGUCGGACAGCCGGACCACCACCCCCCCCUCCCAGCUGGACUCCGACGAGGAGGAGGAGGACACCGACGACGACGACGAGGCCAUGUGCAUGGACGACAUCCGGGUGGUGCAGGUGGACGACGGCGACUGCGAGAUCUACGAGGGGAACUUCGAUGAUGAUGAUGAUGAGGAGGAGGAUGAUGAGGAGGAGGAGGAGCCUGGGUCAGAGGAAGAGGCGCAGAGACAGAAGGAGAAGGAGUUUGUGUGCGACGUGGUGGAGAUCGAGCUGGGGGACGAACACAUGGAGGAGGAGGAGGGAGGAGCCGAGGAGGAGGGAGGAGCCGAGGAGGAACAGGAAGCUGCUGGCGUGGAACCGGAGGAGAUGGAAGACUGUGAAGCUAAUACGGACAAAAGCAUCAGGGAGGGGUCUGACGGCAUCGAACCCCCGGAGCAAGGAGAGGUGGUGACGGACGCCAAAUGAAAAAAGGAGGCGGAGUCUCCUCGGGACAGACGGAAUGUGUCGAUCAUCGAAGACGAGUAAAGACAAAGCCGCUCCUCGCCAUCAGAAGGACAGACUUGGCGGUUGCCUGAUGCUAACGGUCCACCACUGUGUACAAAAACCCAGGUGUGCCUGAACUUGAACGAAAAAACCUGAAAAAAUUAACAAAACAGUGACUUUAUUUUUUUUUCUUUUCUUGUGAAAAUUAACUAUCAGUGUUAAAAACUUGUUUAUAGAAGUACAGAUUUUAAAAAAACGCGAAAAACUCACCCAUCAACUUGUUCGACUUGUUACCGAGACACCCCAGGUUGCUCUGUCCGUCUGUCUGUUUUUUAUUUGGUCAGUGUUACUAAUCUUGUUCUUGUUUGAAAAACGUUUUAACCUGUAAAGAUGAGAAAGAUUUCUAUACCUUUUUAUUGCCAAUGAAGUUUCCUAAAUCAGUAUUUUAUUGAGUUCUACGAACAAAAAACCUGCACUACAGUAUUCCUGGUUUACCUACGGAUACAUGCCUCAUGCAUUGUAUGCCCUUCAGUGUUAUAUAUGUUCACUAGCUAGCGGGAUGUCGAUCGUGUUAGUGUUAGUCUUUGCUAGCUAGCGUUCCGUUUGUUUUCCGUUUGACUGUUAGCCUUAAGGAAAACAAAGUAU